ACCAGAAUUUUCCUCUUUCAGAAUUCAGACCCUUCCUUUGAGUAUCUUACUUUAGUUCCAAAACCAGGAUUCCAAUCAUGUCUCAUCCAUCUAUGUGAUUGUGGAGAUAAUAGAGAAGACAAAAAGAGAAAAUCCAAUAUAUAUAUACACACGCAUAUGCAACAAUUAUAGGGUACUUCACUGGAAACUGAAGCUGCUAUAAAAGUUUCUUGGCAACCUCAUUUGCAGAAGUGAAUGAGACUUUGCAGCUGCAGGGAGAGGAAAUAAAGUGAGCAAGCUAAAGUGUUUGAAGGCUAAAGUGGUUACUUGAUACUAUUACUUUCUUGAAUCAAGGGACAAGCUUUCUUGUUUUUAUUUUUUGCAUUCUUUUUGAAGUCACCAUGGACUCUUCAAAUCUCCAUUCUCAAUUCAAGGUUGAAGAACAGUAUGCUAAGUACACCUCUAUGGUAACUCAAAUUGGUCAUCAAAUAUCAACUGCAGAUGAAUGGAAGCACGACCUCUUUCCGAGUAUCGGUGGUAGAUACAAUAGGAAUCCAGUUGAUCCUAUCCCGAAAUCAAGGGAACUAUGGACAUGGCCUUUGAUGAGGACCUCGGUGAAUGAGGGUAGCUUCUACCAACAAUCUGCAAACGAGUUUCUCCUUGCAAAUACCAAAGAUGACAUGCCAGGCUCUUUCCCCAAACUGAGUGAGGUGAUGUACUGCAACUCUAGCGCAGAGGACCCUUAUUUAGUUUCUAAAAAACACUAUCCACAAUCCACUGAUCAAAAUCUAGGAGGAAAUAUACGGCACAAAAAUUUCUCCAUCGCUAACAACAUGACCGAGGGGCAGCUCUCUUCCAGAAACUUGUACACUAAUGCUAAUGAUCACUCCCCAUGUUUGGGAACUGCAGCAGCUAGCAGAUAUGAUUUCAAUCACAUCUUUCCAAGUACAAAUAUUGCUACCAAUGAUAUGUGCUCCACAUUGAUUUCAAACUCUUUGGACUUGAACUUGAAAUCCUUGGAUCUUUUCAACUCUACAUAUGAUAGUGGGAGUUGCAAUCAAUCUUUAGUUGAAAAUCCUGGAAAAUUAAGCAGAAAUGUGCUUAUGGGCCAUGAUCCUAGAAGAGAAAGUAAUGACAGUCCAUCCACCACUUCCAAAGUAUCAACCUUUGUUAGUGGAUCAACGACAAGUGCAAAGAGACCUGGUUGCUUUUCCGAGACAAAGGAAUCCCAUACAGAAGCCAAGAAGCGUCGGUCCUCGAAGUCACGAUCCCUGUGUCCAACGUUAAAGGUUAGAAAGGAGAAACUAGGAGACAGGGUUGCUGCACUUCAGAAGCUGACGGCACCAUUUGGAAAGACAGAUACUGCUUCAGUGUUAACAGAAGCCAUUGGGUACAUCCAGUUCCUCCAUGACCAAGUUGAGACAUUGAGUGUGCCAUUUAUGAAAUCAUCACAAAGCAAGCUUUAUAGAACAAUGCAAACGCGUUUGAAAGAACAAGGCAAAGAAGAGCAGACGCCUGAUCUUAGAAGUAGAGGACUAUGCCUUGUGCCCCAGUCUUGUGCCGAGUAUUUUGUUAAUCGCUGCUUUAAUGGAAUUUAGACAUCCCCCCGUUGAGAAACUUUAGGUUUUACACAACAAAAAUGAUA